GAGUGCAAAAAAGAUCCGCUAUCAACAAGGUCAGAACAAAUCAGCAAAAUAAAUUUUCAAAAAUAUGAAUAUAAUCACCCAGCAAGAUUAUCUUGUUUGUGGAACGUGUCAAUCGAGUUUCCAAUUAUCUGACAUACUUCUAUUUAUGAAUCAUAAGAGGUUCGAUUGUGACCAGAAGCAAGAUACGGAAAAAAUACUUCAAUGUACAACCUGUUCUCAGAUGUUUUAUACCCCUUGGUCAUUGCUGAAACACGCUCAGAAUGUUCAUGGUUUCGGAAUCUACAGGGACCAAAUAAAUAAUGUAGGAAAAAAGGGUUUAAGUGAAACAACAAAGAGAGAUCAUAAGGCUCUAACUGAAAUGAUUAAGAAUGCUAUAAAUUCUACUUUACAAACUCUUGCUAAACCAACUGUAGAUCCAACGCCAGUAGAAGAAAAUAAUCCACUAAUGUUACUCGCAGAACAGGCUACGGAUGAAAGUUCUAACAGGUGUCAAAGUAAAACUUGUGCUGAAAUUUGUGCGUGUCCUCCGGGCUUUUGCGGUGCAAAAGGCAAUGACUCUGACGAAAGUGAGAGAGGGCGUGAAGAUGAGCCCUUAGUAAUGUGUACACCAGAGGGUCAGAAAUGCGGAUCCGAAGAAGUAGACAACUGUGCAAGCAAUAAUUGUUGCUGUAACAGUACAGACAAUUGUGAUUGUGGUAUUGGUCUUGUUUUAGAAAAAUGUUGUAAUUCUAUAGUUCCUAAAAAGAGGAGAAGACACCUUCAGAAGCAUUUAGAACAUAAGCGUCAAGUUGACCAUCAAUUAACAAAUAUUCCUACAUCAGGAGGCGAUUCAGUAGAUUCUUCCAACAACGGUGAUUCCAAUGUUACUACAGAUGUUAACAGAUCUCAAAUAAGGAAACGAAGGUACCCUACCACUAAACCUUUCUCUUGUGAAAUGUGUAAAGAGAGCUUUAACCAGAGAAUCCACUUAAAAAAACAUAUGAGCAAACACACGGGCAUUAAACCCUAUAAAUGCGGCCAAUGUAAUUAUUCAACUGUCGAGAGAAGUCAUUUAAAGGUUCACAUUCGAGUACACACUGGUAAAUAUUUUGCCAUCAGUUACUUUAUUUCACUUUAAUGAAAUUCAUUUAACUUUAGGAGAGAAACCGUUCAAAUGUGAUUAUUGCGACUAUAGAACGGCUCAAAAUUCUACUUUAAAAAUUCACUUAAAACGACACCAUAAUCAACAAAAUAAGACAAAAAGUACUGAAAAUUCAAUCUCCGAAACUUCCAGUUCUAUUGACACACCCUUUUCAAUCGAAACUGACACAAUGCACAAUUUAAUGUUGCUUUCUAAUUCUCCUUUAACCCCAAAUAUAUGAUAUGCUAGACAAUUGGACCUAUCUUUCAAAUAUCGCUUUAAAGAGUACGAUUGAACCUAAAAAUACAAUAUGCAAUAUAUUUAUAAAUUUUAGUAAGAUAAAUACAUUUUGAAUGAAAUUAUGUCUUUCAUUGAG